AUGGAUCUUGUAAAACUUGAAGAACUAAUGUCAGAUGAUAUUGAAAUAAUUGUGCAACAAUUUUUGGAGCUCCACAGUGAUGAGGCCAUCAGUUCUUCUCGACAAAAGGUGAAAUGCAAGUACAUUGAAAGGUCUCGUGAAGAUGGUGACAAUCGUAUAUGGAACAAUUAUUUUGCUCCCAAUCCAGUGUUCCCCGAGCAUUUCUUUAGAAGACGAUUUCGGAUGAGCAUUCGUCUGUUUAAUCGAAUUGUUGAGAGGUUAAAAGAACAUAAUAAGUGGUUUUCACAGAGAUUUGACGCAAUAGGUAGAAAGGGUUUUUCACUUCAACAAAAAUGCACAUCAGUUAUUCGUCAGUUGGCAUACGGCGUAGCAGCUGAUGAAAUUGAUGAAUAUGUACGCAUUGGUGAGUCUACCGCUAUCCUUUGUUUACAAAAGUUUUGUAGUUCAAUUAUUGAAAUAUUUGGAGAAGAAUGCCUUAGAUAA